CACUUCUCCAACUCCGUGGUCAAACCUGAGGAUGAAAGUUCCAGUGAUCAGCGCGGUGUCGCUGCUGCUGGGGGUUCUCCUGACCUUUUGUGUUGAAGCAGCGACGAUCCCGAUAACCAUUAAAGAAAAAUGGUACUAUAGAAUAGACACCAACGUCGUAUGCCUCAAGUGCCACGGAAACACAUACCUCGUGGCACGCUGUGAGAGGAGCAGUGAGCCACGCUCACAUUGCGAGAAGUGCCCAGCACACCAAUACCAGGAGGAAGAGUGGCACCUGAACAGGGACUGCCUGGACAGCUCUACCAGGGUCUUCUCGGACCCCCCCUGCCCUGAGGACACGUACAACGACGGAGGGGAGUGUCGUCCUUGUCCUGAGAAGUGCCCGGAAGGACAGGUUCGUCGGCGAGGCUCGGCAUGUCGAGCUAAUGGCGCUAUCAUGUGCUGUCUGGGAGGCUACAACAAGACAAAUGGCAACGCCAAGUGCUCGUGGCUGGAGGCUGAGAAAGUGGAAGAGCUAACACGCAACCAUAAGAAAGUUGCAGAUACCGAACCGGAGGAACUGGAAAGGAAACCAGAGGGAAAAAUCAGCUGGGAAUUUGGAGACGGCGCGGUGAUGGACCCUGAUCUCAGACAUCUACCGGCCCCCAAUUUUGUUACAAUAUUAAUUGUUACUAUAGCUUCGAUACUCAUCUUCGUGUUGGUUGGACUGAAAAUUUUACUGAGACAGCUCUUCCGCUCUAACACUUACGUCCGACUGCAGACCAAAGACACAUCUUGAACCAUAAUACACAUAUCAGAAACACGAAUUUACAUAAUUUUGUCAUUGUAUGAAUUUGUUGCUGACCUGUUUUACGUUUCAAAGGAAGAAAACAGAUUGGAAAUAUGUGCACUGAUAAAGAAGGUAUGUUUCAAAACAGCGCGUCUUCGAUCGCUGUCGAAUGACUGGAAUACGCGUCCCCUAUGAGUUAAAAGAGUUAAUUGGUAAUGGACUGGGACACGGUAAUUCUAUUUGAAAGUACAUGUAUGAUGUGUGUAUCUCUGUGUGUGUGUGUGUGUGGGGGGUGAUUGUCAGUUUUGUGUUUGUGAGUUUUAGGAGGGGCAGGGUAUUUUUUCUCUCUGAUAUUAUGUGAGGGUUUGUGUAUGAGAGUGAAUGUGGGAGUGGGUGUGUGAGAGUGGAUGUGGGAGUGGGUGUGAGAGUGGAUGUGGGAGUGGGUGUGUGGGAGUGGAUGUGGGAGUGGGUGUGUGAGUAUGCCCAGGGCUUCCGAAAUCUACCAGUUUUUUUCCCCUGUAGUUACCGAUUUUGGACCUAGGAGACAGCUCCUAUGCUACAUUGUAUGAACUGCGACGCGCGGCACAGCGAAGUGAUACUGCUGCAUUACACAGUCAGGAUCAAGAGUUUAUGGCCUGUUCUUUUGUUCUCUCUGUUUCUUUUGCUUCUUUGUGUUU